AUGGCGCACGCGACUUGGGAACUCCCCGAGCGCAGGGAUGAAUCCUCCCUUUCUCUGGAAAAGCGCGACGCUUCGGAAGCUGAGCGCCUUCUCGAAAAUGUCUCGUCUGAGGGCGCACGCGAGGACGAACAUAAGCGGUCUCGCGGGGAUGCCUCGCGAGACGCCACGAAACGCCCAGCCGUUGCGCUCCUCCGCGCCGGAGACAGGCUGACCACACCCGGACAGAUGAAGCGCGUUCGCAGUGAAGGCUGCGUCCUCAAGCGCCACCAACUCAUAUGCAGCAGCACUCUCCCCAUCACCACCUGCUACCAUCUGGGCGAAGUGAUUGGCGUGGGGACGUGGUGCACGGUCCGGACUGCCGUGGAGCGCUUUUCGGGUUUGGAACGCGUCGUGAAGCGCGUGUGCAAGGAGACGCAUCGCGCAGAAUUGCCGCAGUUUCGCCAGGAGAUUGCGCUUUGUCGACAGCUGGACCACCCGAACAUUGCGCGGCUUUACGAGACCUUUGAAGACCACAGAUACAUUUACCUCGUUUUCGAGUACUGUCGCGGAGGAGAUCUCCUCUCGUGGCUGCAUGCGCGCCAGGACGCGCGCCGCGAGCGCCGAAAGCGCUCUCAGGCGACCGCGGAGUCGCCGGGCGAGGCCCUGCGACUCAACGGAGACACUGGAGCUGGAGCGCGUAGGGGCGAGGGGGACGGAGGGGACGCGAGCGGGGGCGAAGGCGCAGAAGUCGAGAAUGCGGUGAGAGGAGACAGGAAAGGCCCCGUGGACGAUGAGAGGCCGAUAUGCUCAGAGAUGCAAGCAGCGCGCUUUAUGAUUCAACUGCUCUCCGCGCUGUCUUACUUGCAUCGAAAAGGCAUUGCACAUCGCGACCUAAAACUCGAAAACAUCCUCCUGGUUCAUCCGUUUGAGGGCCGAGACGAAGGCGACCGCGACUCGACGCGUUCGGAGCGAGCGGAGUCCGCGGUCUCCCAGCCGCCACUGCCACCGUCUCUGUCUCACCCAGCCCCUUCUCCGCACGCGUUCCCGACGCAGGACAGCGCGGCGCCGCAGGCCGAGCACACAGAGCGACGGGGCGAGAGCGACGUGGCGGUGCCCUCGAACGCGUGCCGACCCGGAGUGGGUGAUCGGCAGGCGUGUGUGUCGGCAGACCUUCCGUGUCUCCGCGCGUUGGCACCCGAGACAAACUUCUCUGACAGCAUCGCUCUCGCCGACUUUGGCCUCGCCAGGCGCUUCACGCCAGGCGGUGCGCGCGAGCGCCCGACGCGAAGGCGCCUGCCGUCGCGAACGGCUUCGAGUGCUGGGCUCUCGGCCAGCGGAGUCAUGACCACCCGCGUCGGUACGCUGUACUACUUGUCGCCUUUUCUGCUCAAAGGUGUGCCCUACGACGAAGUCCAGUCCGACAUGUGGGCCGCCGGCGUCGUGCUCUACAUGCUUAUCUCCGGCGCGCCGCCUUUCGAGGGGAACUCCGAAGCUGAAGUCUCUGCCAAGAUCUUGACGACGCGCCUUGCGUUCAAGGAACCGUGCUGGCGUCACGUCUCGGAAGACUGCAAAGACCUCGUUUGCAGGCUCCUCCACAACCCUUUCCUCGCCGAGUCCUGCUCGGCUCCUUCGAUCGCGAACAGCCUGUCUUCGUCGCCCCGGCCUCUCUCUGUCGAUUUCCUCUCCGCCGCCAACCGCUCGCCACCCACACUCGCGUCUUCCCCCACUGCGGGGGAGACGCCGACGUGUCAGAGGUCUUCGCUGGCCGGCGAGAAGGCGGGGCUCCUGGACACGCCGUCCUGCCCGGACCCGACGGGAGGCGGGUCCGGCGCUUCGCUGAGUGUCUCUGCAUGCGACCUCACCUGUGUGGAGGGGCGAGACUCGGGCGCGAGAGAGGGUGAGAGCGCCAGUGAGGCGACCGAGACUGGCCAGAAAACUUUUGGCAUACGGGCUUGGCAGCCAGGCAUCCUCCGCCGUAUGGACGCUGCAACAACGCUAACUCAUCCCUGGUUUGUCGCCGUACAGCGACAGCUGUGGGCAAAAGUUUCCGGUCCGACUCUGUCGAUGUCACGGUCCACUUCAAGCCCAGCCUUCCACCAAGGCCACGGCCAUCGAGUUCGCACCCUCGGCCAGGAUGUUUCGGGCUACGGGCACGUAGUCCCCUUUGGCGCCAUGAAGGGACGGGAGGAGACCGACUUGCGCAUCUUCUCUCCACUCUCGCCCUCGAUCUCGUCCGGUUCUCUCUGCUCCUCGACUUCGGUCUCCCCCUCGCCGUCGUCGGCGUCUCUGGCGUCUUCGUUGUUUGCGUCCUCACUUUCGCCGUCGCCGUCCUCGGCCUCUCUCGUAGGCUUGGCCUGCGGUGCGUGGGGGAGCCUCGAGGCGUCCGGGAAGGCGCGGCGCUGCGCGCCCGGCGGGAUCCCCGAAGGCAGCCCGGCUUAUAUUCGGGAAACCUCGCCGAGCGACGCGUUCCGCCGACCCUUGCCCAAGUCGAUGAGCUCGCCAAACGUGCACUGCGCGCUCUACCAGGCCGCCCAGGCGAAGGACGAAGUCGGGUCCCGCGGGCCCGGAGGGCGAGGCUCGCCAGAGGGCGCCGCGGCGGCUUGGCCCGACGCCGCGAGCGGCGGAAGCGGCUCGAGCACACGGUGGGGGGAGGCAGGAGACAGAACGGGGGCCCGAGGCGACCGACGGGACGGGGACGGAGGUUGCCUGACAGGCCGUUCGCCAUCUCCGCCCCGCCCGCCAGUGCCAGGAAAUCAGGUUUCUCCCGGUGCCUCUCGAGAGGACCUCCCAGAGCUCGGUUCCGCUGGGUCUUCCUGGACUGCGCCGUCGCUCCCGUGCGCAGCCGCCCUCCCGCCGCGCGGCGCUUCGCCGCCAGCUGCGUCCUCGCCUGCUCUCCCCGAAGCGGCCUUCGCCUCGCCCGCGGGCGUCCCCUUGGGGGUUGCGCUUAAGGGAGAACUGCCUGCGCGGCUUCUGGCGGCUUCGCGCUGCUCCGGGGCCGCCCUGGACCCGGACCAAGCAGCGAUUUUCCACUGUCGCUUCCUCCUCCUUCUCGGCGCGACCUCGUGGCGACGCUUCGCGGGGCUCGGGCCUCUCCAGCGCGCCUUGCGCACCGUCGUCGCUCGCGAGAUGGAAGACGAGCUCGAAGUCCGCGUCCUUCGGGAGAUCUUCUGCGCUCUCGACAGAGGGCACCGCGGAGCGCUCGCGCCGGACGACAUCGUUUGGGGCUUGGGCGUCGCCAAGGACCUCGUCACGUCCGAGUGCCAGAGUUGUCUCAUCCAAGCCUCGGCAAUGGAGAUCGUUGUCGAAGGAAAAGGUGAAGUCGCCGUCUCUUCCCUCUCCCCCGAGGAUUUGAGUGGUCUUGACGCCAGUGCGGCGCGGCCUCUGAGGAUGUCCCUUGAGGAUGACGUGGCUGCGUCGUCGUCGGCGAAGCGCGAAGAGUGUUUUGAGCCGAUUCUACCGUCGACUCGCCUCGAAGAAGUCGAUCUAGAGAACAAAGAGGAGACGAGCAGAGCGAGAAGCGAGCGAGAUGGAGGCGGAGGGAUGUGGAGGGUCGGAGACAUUUCAUCCCUUGCUGCGUGUCCACUGGGAAGUGUCGCGUUGCCGCCGAGUCUCCGAUCUCUUCGCCAUCUGGCCGGGUUGACGAGCUCCCACUUGGGCCCUCCCGUAGGCGAGAUCUUGCCUUAUUUGCUGAAUCUGCAUGCGUUUCUCGGCGUCGCCCCGCCCGCCUUCCUUUCCGUUCUCUCGUCCUCGUGGCCGCAGUGGACCACGGCCGAUCGCUGCGAGGAAGCCGAGAGGCCGCGCGACGCGGGCGACGGUCUCGAGGCGACUGGAGACCGCGAGAAACCGAGGCGGGAGGGCGAGGAAGAGAGGUGGACGGUCCACGACGUGGUUGCCGGCAUGGACACAGAUGGAAGCGGAAACAUUGAAUUCGUCGAAUUCGUCGCUGCCUCCCUCGCCGAUGCCGACAUAGCUGGACGUGAAUCGCUCGGCAGAGCCGCAUUUCGUUACUUCGACCGAAGCUUCGACGGCUUGGUGAGUUACCGGGAUCUCCUGGGACUGCUUUCUCUUCAGCCGGCUUCGCCGCUGUGUUCCUCGUUUUCUGCGAUGUCCCCGGGUGUCUCUUCGAGUCUCCCUCAGGGGUGCAUGUCGCACGGCUGGUCUCGUCAGCCGGCGACUCCCUGUGGGGUCGUGUCCGCCGACGCCUGCAACCCCACAGGGGGGGAGUCAGGGGGCGUCUGGUCUCCUAAACAGAACAGGACGCUGCAGGAGGCGGACAGCGAAGAUUCAGGCGAGGCUCUCGGCGUCGGCGAAGGCUUCCUAUCUGACCUCGAGCACGUCACACGGGAGAAUCUGUCGCUCUAUCGGGCCGUGUUGAAGCAGAUCCAGGCUGUCGACAAAGACAAAGAUGGCUAUAUUACUUACGACGAAUUCCUCCUCCUCAUGCGGUAG